UCAUGCCAGCACUCUCCACGUCUGCCUCUUCUACACACCCUCAUUACAUGUGUCUGUCUGGACUGAUCUGCUCAUCUGUUCAGGGACUCUCCUGACAAGUCAAAAAUUCUGCCUUCUUUCAGCUCUGGAAUUGGAUCAAAUCACCUCAGCUUUUUUUGUAGCCCCACCAGGAGGCUUUUUGCUUAUGGUCUCAUUUUGUUUUCCUUCACUACUUGUCUGUUUUUGAUUUCUAGAAUGGAGGAAGCCGAACUGCUGAAAGAAAGAUUCCAGGCCAUAACAGACAAAAGAAAACUGCAAGAAGAAAUUACACAGAAACGUCUAAAAGUGGAAGAGGAAAAAAUGAAACACCAACAUUUAAAGAAAAAGGCCUUGCGAGAAAAAUGGCUCUUGGAUGGCCUUAGUUCUCUCACUCCAAAAGAGCAAGAAGAAAUGCAAAAGCAGAAUUGGGAGGACCAACAACAGACUUAUGAGCUGGAACAAGACAUUUUCAGACUGGAGAAGGAAAUUGAGGCUCUGGAAAGAGAGGAAAUGGAAGUCUCAGCUAAGGAAGAAGCAAUUUUAAAGAAACUUAAGUCUGUUGAGAAAACAACAGAAGACAUAAUAAAGUCUGUGAAGACUGAAAAAGCAGGAGUUGAAAAAGAGGCAGCAGACUACAUAUACGCCAGCAUACCUGACCUUCCCAAAUAUUUCAGGCCUUCCGCACUGAAAAGUACAGCACGUGCUGCCACCGAUGAUGAAGAAAAGAGAAAAGCAUUGUUUGCCAUGGAAAUUAAAGUUGAAAAAGACAUGAAGACAGGAGAAAACACAGUGUUAUCAACAAUACCUCUUCCCUCAAAGGAGUUUAAAGAGACAGGAAUUAAAGUCUAUGACGAUGGCAGGAAGUCAGUCUAUGCAGUGUCCUCAAAUGGCAGCACAACACAAAACGGGAUGGAUGAACUUGCUCCUGUUGAGGUGGAGGACCUGCUACGGCAGGCAACUGAAAAAAAUGCCCAGUCUCCCACAGAGUAUCAUGAGCCUGUGUUUGCAAACAAAUUUUGCAGGCCGGUUACUCCUCAGAAAGACAAAUUAGUCCCUGGACCAAAACUGGAAGACACUCACAGAAGACAGAUGAAUGGAUUUAGCAAUCAUCAGAAAGAAUUCUCCUCCAAAAGAGAGCCCUUUAUGCAGCAACAUAAAGAGAAUGGGCUUGAUCUUCCAAAGGUAAUACAGCCAAAGUCUCCCUCUCCAGUACUUUCCCAUUCAGAGAAGAAAGUGCACACUAACCCUGAGAACAGGAUGGUACAUAACGAAGAAGGAAAAGCUGCACAUGAAGAAUUAGAACUUUACCAGAAUACAAGAGAAAGACAUAACGAGACAAGGUUUUUAAGUCCCUGCCAUCUUAACGAAACAUCCUCUGCACCUCAAGAUGAAGAAGAUGUUCAAUACAGCAUUGUCCAAGCUGUACCAUGUUACGUGGAUGAUUCUGAACCAGUAACAAUGAUUUUUAUGGGUUAUCAGCGCAUUGAUGACGAUGCAGAAGCAGACCAAAAGUUGUCACGAUACGAUGGGGUUAUCCGUGCAGAAUUAGUUAUCAUUGAUGAUGAUGAUGAUGACGACAGCAAAUCUGAGAAACCAGCGUAUCAUCCCAUAGGCCACCAUAGUCAGGUUUAUCAGCCACCGAGCAGGAAAAUCACAGAAGUCCCACAGACGAACGCUGUGAGCAGUCUGGGCACGAGCCUGAACAAGGUACCCCACAAAAAUUCCAUCUCCCUGCAAGAACAAGAGGAACACUUAAGCUCACCAACACACCGUGCUCAUCUUCACGACCAGGUAUCUGGAGACGGUACUGAAGAUCCCUCACUAACAGCUCUGAGAAUGAGAAUGGCAAAGCUGGGGAAAAAGGUGAUUUAACAGCUGUAAUGACAUGGAAGUAAAAUUUACUACUCAAAGCAGAAUAAAGCUAAGAAGAGUUUCUUCAA